AGUAACCAGUAUGGUAAGGAGUGACGGAAGCACUUAUUUCGUGACUACAAUGGUAGCAACAACAGCUGGAAAUUGGACAAAUGAACCAUGUUAUCCCAUUGGAUUUGCACAGUUUGCCUACAUCACUACCUUUGUGAUUGGGAUGCCAGCCAACAUCCUGGCAUUUUAUACUUUCUGCCGAAAAGUACACCGCAAGCCUACACCCAUUGACAUCCUGCUACUCAACCUGACCAUCUCCGACUUAAUCUUCCUCAUCUUCCUGCCUUUAAAGAUGAAGGAAGCUGCUGAUAAUGGGAAAUGGAUCCUUCCUCGCUUCUUGUGUCCAAUAACUGGUUUCCUGUUCUACUCCACCAUUUAUAACAGCACCCUCCUCCUUACUGCAGUGAGUGUGGAGCGUUACCUUAGCGUUGCAUGUCCUGUAAGAUUCACAGCUCCAGGUAGGGUGGUCAAGACACAGGUGGCCUGUGUGAUUUUCUGGAUCACGUCCUUUGCUAACUGCAGCAUUGUCUUACAAAUGGAAUUAAGCAAAAGCCCCGAUGACAUAUUCUGCUAUGACAAAUUCAGUAAAAAACAGCUCAUUAUCCUUAACCCAGUACGCUUAGAGUUGUUUGUCAUACUCUUCUGUGUUCCUUUCCUGAUUUGCACCUUCUGCUAUGUCAACUUCAUCCGUAUCCUGUCUCAGAUUCCCAACAUCACCCGGCACCGCCGCAUGCGGGCUAUCGGUUUGGCCAUUGGCACUCUUGUGGUAUUUACACUCUGCUUUGGACCUUACAACGUGUCCCAUUUAUUUGGGAUGAUAGACGGAAAAGUCCCUUGUUGGCGCAAAUAUGCCCUUCUACUAACAACCUUCAAUGCCUGUCUGGACCCCAUCAUCUUCUACUUGUCCUCCUCUGCUGUUAGAAGCAGGCUCAGCAUCUGCCUGAAGAAAAUCAAGGUUCAGCUCAAUCCAAAAGCCACAUCUGCCCAGACUGCUAAUACACCAGAACCCAUGGACUCCAUCCCCUCAUCUAGCCAAAGAUUUUGCGUUUCUAACACUCUGGAUAUAAAGGAUACCUGUUGAAUAGGAAAUAGUGUUCUUAAUUUUUACAAUGUCAUCUAGUAUUCAGAUUUUGAAACAAAUAUAAGAUUUCCAGAAUUCAUUUGAAUUUUUUAUUUUUAUUGUGUGAUGAGUGAAACAAAGAUAACAGUAUUAGUUGUCUCCUGAGAAAUUGUUAACUUAGCUUGUACACCAUACAGUGGGGAGAACAAGUAUUUGAUACACUGCCGAUUUUGCAGGUUUUCCCACUUACAAAGCAUGUUCUCCCCACUGUACAUGCUGUUAAAACAAUGUGCAUUAUCUGUAUAUAGAAUAAUGAUGAGCAUCAAUUAGAAUGGUAAACUGUGUUGCCUGUAGUGGUCCAAUGGUCUAACUAAUGCCUCAAAGGUCUAACUAAUGCCUCUGGUGCAUGUGUCACUGCAGCGUCCCCACUGGUUUCUCAUUAAAGUGUGUCCUCUGUCUUCCCCACUGUUUGGAUUCAUAAAGCAAAAUACAUAUAUAUAUAAAUCUGUAAAAAAAUAAAAUGUGUUAUUACAGAGAAUAUAAGAGCUUUUCUUUCGACAUUUACUUUGAAAAUGUAAUGUAAAUAUGCAAUUGCUAAAAAGAAAAGUUAUAUAACUAUAUAGAUAUAUGUUAUCUUUGCAAUAUCACUUUUUAUUGUCAUGCUUUGUUAUCAGUUACGUAUUACGGCCAAUUAAAUUUAUAAUGAAAAAUGUCAAAUGUACUUAUUGAAUGCUCUUUAUUUGGGGUGAAUGCUCUUUAUUAUGUCUUUAAUUUAUGUCUGGACCUUAGGAUGUAGCCUUCUUGGCUUGGAAUGUUAAUAAAAUACACAAAAUAAGAUACUAGGCCUUUUGGAAUUUGCACCUUCUUGAAGAAAAUUUCUACCAACACCCUAGAGCCUCUUGAGUGUAAAUGAAGAAAUUGAGAUUUCUGCCAAUACUGCCAU